AUGGCCGCCGUACCUCCGACUCCGCAUCCACCGGGCGCAUUUCCAGACACGCCAGGAUUUGGCUCAUCCGCACCUUACAGCCAAAAUGAGGGUCCUCUGGAGGGUGCAGGCCGUUCAGUCAUCAAUGCGCCCCUUCUCGAAGAGGAGUCCAAUGCCACUGCUAUAUCUGGCGUUGACGGAACGCCCAAUGCCGCUGCAGAGGGCCUUGGCGUCUUUCAGGCCACUCCAGACCGCAGGGGACUGCCUGCCCUCACGAGUGAUCAUGGACUCAAGACGGACAGCGUGCAGCCAGAGGGACAUGCUGGCAACGUUGAAGAUCUGGGCCAGACAAGUACGCUUGGGCAUACCCCUAACACGGAUGGUGCUGUGCCGGGCGUUGAAGGCGUCCCUGAGCCUGCCGCGGAGGGUCUCGGCAUGUUUCAGGCAACAUCAGCCCAGCGAGGUCUACCUGCCCAGAUCGAUGAGCAUGAUGACAGUCUAGGAGAGCAUGUUCGCUCGCCCGGUCAUACUGGCAAUGUCUUGGGCGAAUCAGCCCGCACCGCAGAUGAGUCGCCGCUCAGCAAUGCUGCAACCGCACCUGGGCCAGUUGUCGAGACCGAGGAUGCUUCGCAUGAUGCGAAGCGUGGGUUGAUGGCUGCAGGAGCGUCUGCCGCUGUCGUGGGAGGCGGUCUUACGACCAAUCAGCUUUUCGACGGUGAUGCACGAGAACCGACGUCCCCACAUGGCGCUUUACUAUCGGACCUCAAGUCUCAAGGUAAUCAAACAGAACCUGCGACAUCUGUACAAGCCGUAAGAGGGGCGCCUUUUGCAACUGAUGCUAUCGAUGAGCCUACGUCCUCCGUCGAGCCCGCUGCUCUUGCAGCAAGCGAGCCCGCUCAACUCGCGACCGGCGCUGCAGCGGCCAACCCAACCUCGUCGCCAGCACAACCGCGCCAGCUCCCUCGUGCUAUCGGCAUGUUCAGCGCCCUUCCCACUGCGCGCGCCGAUCCCACAACGGUCGAAGCGAUGCAAGCCCAUCCGGUACCAGAGUCCGAGGACGUCAACAUCCAGGAUGCACUCGCCGACGCACCCUAUCAGGCGCCGCUCGGUGCUUCAUCCUCAGUCGAAGCCACAGGCCUUCCCUUGACGGAAGCCUCGCCUCUUGUUGCGAACGACGUUUCGAACGACGUCGACAUCCCGAACGACGAGCUGGCACGACACAGCGUCGCAUCUGAACCGGUGACGUCGGAGCCAAGGCCAGAGCAGCUGACUGCACGAGAGCCGGAGGCUAUCGCUAUUGCUGCACCGAGUUCAGCGGCUGAGCCGGGUCAUGUCGAGGGCCUGACAGCUGGACCGGACCAUGAAGCCAGGCACGCAGCAGAGGCCGCUGCUGCUCUCGCUGCCGGUACUGGAGGCGUUGCCGCCGUUGUUGCCACCCACUCCAGCGUACCUGGUGGAUCCGUUCAGCACGAAAGCUUUCAGCAAGAGUCCGCGCCCGUCAGUGGCCUAGCGCAAGACUCUGCACCUAAGAAGAGCCUUGACUUUAGUCCUCGCCAUGCUCAUCCUGACGCAUUCGAAGCUCAGGUGGCGACACCGCCCGAAGCUGUCAAGCAGGCUCAUGCACACCCAGCAUUGCCAGGAUCAGUCGUUCAUGCCAGCCAGGACCAGCCCGCAGCGAUCAAGACAAGCUCGGCUGCACUCGCUACCGCCGAGUCGGAUAAGGCACGCAAGUCGAAGCAUCGCACAUCGACAAAUGAGGGCAAGCGCAGCUCGCGUGCAGAGCCCACUUCACCUAAGCCGGCAUCUCCGCGCGUCCAGAACAAUCGUGCUGAUCCGAGCAAGCGCGCCUCGACCGCAGGUACAAACUACGGGGGCAAGAACAAGACAGGGCCGACACCCAAAUUCGCUGGACCUCCCGAUGGCAAAGUGCCCGACAAACCAACGACUUCGGCUGCCCAUACCAGUCCCUCGAGCGGUGAGAAGAAGCCUAGCUUCCUCAAGAAGCUGUUCGGCAGUGGCAAGUCAAAAUGA